GCGGAGUCCAAGAAGAAGUCCAACGGCAAGAUCUACGUCUGCUCCGACUGCGGGAAGACGUGCCCCUGCCGGUCCGCCUACGUCCGUCAUCAGAGAACCCACACCGGGGACAAGCCUUACCCCUGCCCCGUCUGCCGGAAGAGCUUCGUCCAGGCCUCGGACUACAACAACCACGUCCGCUCCCACACCGGGGAGAAGCCCUACGCCUGCGCCGAGUGCGGCAAGAGCUUCGGCCGCAGCGCCUACCUGGCCACGCACUCCAGGACGCACACCAAGGAGAAGCCGUACGCCUGCCGCGUGUGCGGGAAGAGCUUCGUCCAGCACUCGCACCUCUCCCUGCACCUGAGGAUCCACAGCGGCGAGAGGCCGUACAUCUGCGUCGAGUGCGGCAACAGCUUCAGCCGCAGAUCGGCGUUUCUCCGGCACCAGCGCAUUCACACCGGAGAGAAGCCCUUCUCCUGCCUCCAGUGCGGGAAAUGCUUCGUCCAGGCCUCGGACUAUAACAACCACGCCAGGUCCCACACGGGCGAGAAGCCGUACACCUGCGCCGAGUGCGGCAAGAGCUUCAGCCGCAGCACGUAUUUGGUGACGCACUCCAGGACGCACACCAAAGAGAAGCGCUACAGCUGCCAGGAGUGCGGGAAAAGCUUCAUCCAGCACUCGCACCUCUCCAUACAUCGGCGGAUUCACAGCGGCGAGAGGCCGUACUCCUGCCCGGAGUGCGGCAAGCAGUUCAAUCGCAGCUCCACGCUCGUCAAGCACCAGAAGUCGCACAUCAAAAGGAACAAUGCCGUGGAGCAGGCCAAAAUGGCCCCUCCCCCUCCCUCGUCUAAGAAGUAG